AUGUGUCGCCGUGCUGACUACGACCACUUGUACGGCACCCCUGAGGAUGCCUACGUCUCACCCAGGCACAACAACGAUGGACGCCCUAGGGCACCACCCGUCGUGUACAAUCUCGACGACGACGACGACAUGGAUACCUACAACCGACCCGGGAACACAGAGAAUCUUGGGCAAGUCCGCCAUUGGAAAAACAAAACUAUCAAAGAGUUCGUCAACCGCUUCUUCGAGAACUGCAACAGGCUAGCCGGCGUCGAGGAUCACAACAUCAUCUGGUACUUCCGCUCCAGCUUGAUGAACCGCAACAUAUUCUGCAAGCUGUAUGAGGCUGCCCCCAAGACAGUCGGGCAGAUGAUGCAGUUUGACAACGUUCAGUGCAACACGGAGGAGGCGGUGCAACUCGGCACCCCGGUGGAGUACAUGCGACCUCACCGCAACGACUACCGCAGGGACGACAAUCAUCACGACUACCACCACCGUGAUGACCGUGGCGACCGUCGUCGUAAUGACCGCUACCAUGACGACCGCGACCACCGCCGUGACGAUCGCGACGACCACCAUCACGAUGACCAUGACAACUACCGACGUGAUGACCACGAUGACCGACACAGAGAGGAGCACCGUGAUCAGCCAAACCCAGACGCCCACCGAGCCAACGCUGACCAGAAUGGGGAGUUCCAGUGA